AUGAGGCCCCUCAGCAUAAUCCUGCUGCUCUCCAUAGCUCUGUGCUGCUUCUUGGAUACUGUUCAAGCUGUAGUCAGAACACGAGAGGCUAAAUGUAAUCACAAUUUACCUGGAUGCACAAAAGAACUCAACCCUGUCUGUGGCACUGAUGGACAUACCUAUAACAAUGAAUGCAAACUAUGUAGGGAAAAUGAGAAAAGACAAUUUCCCAUCCUAAUCCGAAAAAAUGGGCAAUGCUGAGGAACCAAAAUAUCCUGGAAUCCCC